GACUCUUUCCUCCACGCGCUCCAAGCUGGUUGUUGGAGCUUGUUUCAUGUUUCGAGUCCGACACAAUUUCGGAAAAGUGGAGUCGCAGUGGAUUGGAACAGAAACAGCUGUUGAUGAAGGUCCAUUUGUACCUUCCAAAGUUUGCCCAUUGUUUUACAAAGCUGAAUGCUCCACAGACAACCUUUCAUCUCAAUGUGUAACUUCCAGAAAGACAGCUGAUAAGCGGUAACACCAACUACGCAGAGUACACAAUAACCAUCAGUUCCAGAGGUCCAUCAUUCCCCAACAAUGAAAAGGGAUCAAUAGCACUCACCACAGGAAUGACAUUUGUCUAUGAAGGAAGUUCAGGCAGAAAUACAUUGAUGCUGGCUGAACAACCAACAACAUGAGAAAUCCUGCAUGAUUUAAAACACAGUGUGCAAUGUGCAUCUGCAGAGACAGAUGAAAGCAGCAAAGAUGUCCUCCUCAGAGAAAGCUGUUCUCAUCAAACCUGCGCUGACUGAGGCCCAGGUUGUUGAGUUGGCCGAGCGGUUGUAUGGUCUGAAGGCCUCCAAUGUCCAACCAAUGCCCAGUUACGAUGACCAGAACUUCCACAUUCUGGUGUCUGAGACCCAGGCAACUAGAGAUCACAGUCAGAGCUACGUCGUCAAAGUGAUGAACACUGUCGACAGUGAAGAUGCUGAUUUGAUUGAAGCACAAACACGAGCCAUGAUGUUUUUGAGUGAAAAAGGAUUUCCUUCACCCACACCUAUCCCAACCAUUGAUGGCAAGAUUAUGUCUUUGGAGACUAUUGACUGUGGAGAACAAUCCAAGACCCACAUGGUCCGGUUACUGACCUACCUUCCUGGAAUUCCAUUGUCUGAAACGCCUAUAGGUCCUCAGAUCUUGUACAAAACUGGUCAAACCCUCGCUCGAAUGAACCAGGUGCUUGCAGAAUUCCAACAUCCUAUCCUGAAGAGUCUGCAACGGCCGGAUUUCCUCUGGAAGCUCUCAAACAUUCACUUGCUGAACAAGUAUCUUUACACACUGGAAGAGGGAAGCGAUCGCCAAAUUGUGGAGCAAAUUAUUCAGCAAUUCCAGGAAGUGAUACUUCCAAACCUCUGCAGGUUUCGUCAAAGCCUGAAUCAUGGGGACUUCAGUCACACCAACAUUCUAGUCCAGCCUGUUCACACACCAGCUGACCACUCCGACCCGACUGAGCUACAGCAGCAGCUGGAUAUCUCUGGCUUACUGGACUUCAGUGAUAUGAAUUAUGGGUAUUAUGUCUUUGAUGUGGCCAUAUCCAUAAUGUAUUUGAUGCUGGGGAGUAACGAUCCCGUCGGCGCUGGGGGCCAUGUCCUCUCAGGCUUUGAGAGUGUAAUCCCUUUACUCCCUGAGGAGCGCAACGCCAUGUUUCUGUUGGUUCUUUGCAGGUUUUCUCAGUCGCUGGUUAUGGGGAGAUACAAUGCUCUGCUUUACCCUGAAAAUGCAGAGUAUCUUCUGAGCACUGGGAGAGCUGGCUGGAAGUGUCUCCGCCAAUUGUGGUCGCUGGGGAAAGAGGCAGUGGGAAAGAUUUGGUUUGAGACAGGCAAGUCCCACUGCAUUUGAUGCAGACCCUGUUUCAGUGUAGUCCCAGGCACGUUGGCUUCCAGGAGAAAAAGAACCCCUCUACAGGGAAAAUUAUUAAAAUAAGUUCAACCAAUACAUUCCAGAACCUGGAAUUGUAUUAAUAUUUUGAGUUCCUAAUUAUUAACGAAUGGCAAACUUUGUUUUAAUCGAUGCCUUAUUUUUAAUUUUUGUUUUACUCAU